AUGAGCAAUUUCACCACCAAGUGUAUCCAUGCUGAUGAUAUUCUAAAUAGAGUGACAGAUGUUGUUUCGCCCAUUAAUGUAUCCACAACAUUUCGAUACGACAAUGAUAAUUUAACCGCCUCCAUGGAGGUAAGCGGAUUGACCGAAAGUGAGCAACUACCAGUUUACUCAAGGGAAAGUCACCCUAAUGCCGAUCGUCUUGAAACCGUGCUCACAUCGAUUUUAGGAGGUUUUGCUGUGGCCUAUGCUUCGGGUUUAUCAGCUUACUACGCGGUUCUAACUCAUAUUUGCCCUAAAAGGCUGUUUAUUAGCGAUUGCUAUCACGGAUGUCAAUUAGCCGCGAAGCUCUUUGCUAAAACAAGUGGAAUGCAGAUUUUGUCAUUCGAUGAGAUCGAAACAAAAUGUAGCAUGGGAGAUUUGGUGCAUGUUGAGGAUCCCUCAAACCCGUAUGGAGAAAGCAGUAACGUGGUUGAAUUGGUCAAAAGAGUUCAUAAAAAACGUGGUCUUAUUUUAAUCGAUUCUACCUUGGCUCCACCUCCACUUCGAAACCCAUGGGAUCUUGGUGUAGAUAUCAUCUUGCACUCAGGAACAAAAUAUCUCGGUGGCCACUCAGAUCUGCUCAGCGGAGUAGUAUGUGUUGAUAAUGCGGAGCAAGCAGUGGAAAUGCGAAAAGAGCGUAUGAUUAUGGGCACUAUACCUGCAAGUCUAGAAAGUUUUUUGCUGCUUCGUUCUUUGCGCACUCUGGAGGUUAGAGUUAGACAACAAUCCGCGAACUGCUUAAAGUUGGUAAAGUUUUUGAAGGAGCAUGCCGUAGAAGUCCCAGGUGUUUUGGCUAGUAUUCGGCACGCGAGCUUGCAAACUGAUGAUUAUGUCAAGUCUCAGAAUAAGGAAGGCUAUAGCCCUGUCUUUUCCAUCAUUCUGAAAGAACCGGCCCAAUGCCCCAAAGUCAUAAAAGAGCUCCAUAUAUUCCAGCACGCUACUUCAUUAGGUGGUGUGGAAUCCUUGAUUGAGUGGAGAUCUUUAAGUGACUCGAGUAUUGAUAAAGCUCUACUGAGGAUAUCGGUGGGACUCGAAAAUGCUCAAGAUCUAUUAGCAGAUCUCUUUGGGGCUUUGAAACAUGUUCAAGGAUUCGAUUUAUGA